CUGCUUCCUGUAGGCGGGAGCUCCUUCUGCCCCAACUCCGGCUCACUGGAGUACAGUAUUUCAGAGGAUGAGCCGGGGCCCCUGCGCAGCGACUUUGAGGGGAAAGGAGGCCCUAAAAUCAGCCGCACAUUCAGCUACCUCCGCAGCAAGAUGAGCAAGAAAGGAAAGGAGAAAGAGAAGGAGAAGAAAGGAGAGAAAGAGAGUAAGGAGAAAGAGAAGAAGAGCACUAACGGUCACCUCUUCAUCCCCGUCAGUCCCUGUGCCCCCUCCUCCUGUCUGCACUGCUCCAAACCUCUGCACAGCAAAGACACCUUCCUGUGCAACAACUGUGGAGCCCAUGUCCAUAAGUGCUGCAGAGAGAGUCUGUCUGUCUGCACAAAGAGCAGAACAAAGCAGCCAUCCCCAGUGCCAGAAGCUGCUCCUGGGUCAGCUGUUAGCUUGAGGACUAAAUCUACAUCUUCAGCAUCAUCUGUAUCAUCUGCAUCCUCGUCUUCGUCACGGGAACGCUGGUCCACGGCAACCACUCCUGAUGACCAGCUCCCCACGUUGUUUCCACGGAGACACAACAGCAUCUUCAACCCGCACAGCAACCUGUCCAAGAGCAUCUCCACCAGCAACAUAGCAGGGCUCGAUGUUGAGGUUCCACUGAAGGGCCUGAAGUCUCUGUCCCAGUCCACCGACUCGCUCCAUAAGGGGAGCAAAGUCAACGCCUCCACCGAGUCCCUCACUGAUGAAGCUUUUCCAAUUUGUCACUAA